CUUCCCAUGAUGCACAGCGAAAUGUCAGCUGGGAUAUUUCUGGUAAAACUGAAAGCAAGAAAAGCAGGGUGCACACUUCAAGAGGACUGAGGGAAGGGUUGGGUGCCAUCCCCAACUAACAAAUGGAUGGAACUUUCGUGUAAGAGACAGGAGGAGGCACACUGCGUCAGAUCAACCUCAAGCCCACAAUUACUGGUGAGGCAAUCAAAAAGGAAGAAACACACACACACAAGCUAGACGGAAAGCACGAAAAGGCAAGAAAGGCACUGAUAGUGACAGACUCACUGCUUCAACAGCUACUCACCCGAACCGGAAGCAAGAUGUCCAUGAAGCUGCGAAGAAACUGGGAUUUCAACCUGAAAACGGAUGCUGGGAAAAUAGGAAAUGGAGAUCACAUGAUGGCAACUGCCACAAAGAGCUGCAGAUGAGACUAGACUUACAGUCUUCCUACUGGAACUGGUGCAUGGCAAGCACUCAGUAAAAAAUAACCUUUUCUGUGCAGAUCUGGGCCAUAUCUUCUGCUUGAGUGGGCACAAGUGAACAAAUGUCCCCAAAUCUCACAGACAACUCGGUCAAGGAGCGUGAUGACCGGCGAGCAGAUGGCAGCCUUUCACCCAGUGUCCACUCCCAAUCCGCUGGAAAGGCCUAUCAAAAUGGGCUGGCUGAAGAAGCAGCGGUCCAUCGUGAAGAACUGGCAGCAGAGGUACUUUGUGCUGAGGGCACAGCAGCUCUACUACUACAAGGAUGAAGAGGACAUAAAGCCACAGGGAUGCAUAUAUCUACCAGGAAGUACGAUCAAGGAGAUUGCCACAAAUCCUGAUGAAGCCGGGAAAUUUAUCUUUGAAGUUAUUCCAGCCUCAUGGGACCAGAGUCGAAUGGGACAAGAUUCCUAUGUCCUCAUGGCCUGCUCUCAAGCAGAGAUGGAGGAAUGGGUUAAAUUCCUUAGGAGAGUUGCUGGCACACCAUCUGGAGCGGUGUUUGGCCAGCGCUUGGAUGAGACUGUGGCUUAUGAGCAGAAAUUCGGUCCCCACCUGGUGCCUAUCCUGGUGGAGAAGUGUGCCGAGUUCAUUCUUGAACAUGGCCUGAAUGAAGAGGGCAUCUUCCGACUGCCUGGGCAGGACAACCUGGUGAAGCAGCUGAGAGAUGCUUUUGAUGCUGGGGAGCGACCCUCCUUUGACAGAGAUACAGAUGUGCACACCGUGGCCUCCCUGUUCAAGCUCUACCUCCGAGACCUGCCUGAACCAGUGGUACCCUGGGGCCAGUACGAGGGUUUCUUGCUUUGUGGUCAGCUCAUGAAUGCUGAUGAAGCAAAGGCUCAGCAGGAGUUGAUGAAACAGCUCUCCAGCCUUCCUAGAGACAACUAUAACCUCCUGAGCUACAUCUGCAGGUUCCUACAUGAAAUCCAGCUGAAUUGUGGUGUGAACAAGAUGAGCGUGGACAACCUAGCUACUGUGAUUGGUGUGAAUCUCAUCAGGUCAAAGGUGGAGGACCCUGCUGUGAUCAUGAGAGGGACUCCUCAAAUCCAAAGAGUGAUGACGAUGAUGAUCAGAGACCAUGACAUUCUCUUCCCCAAAUCUAAGGAUGCACCCCUCUCACCCCCUGCUCAGAAAAAUGACCUCAAGAAAGCUCCGGUGGCUCGAAGCUCUGUGGGCUGGGAUGCCAGUGAAGAUCCCCCAAUUUCAAGAACAGACAGUUUCAGUAACACGACCAGUGACUCUGACACAACUAGCCCCACUGGACAACGGCCAAGUGGUGAUUGUCUAGAAGACACAAGCACAGUCCCCAGGGAGAAGCUAGGAGAUUGGAAGCUGCAGUCACGAAAAAGGACUCAGACGCUCCCUAACCGGAAAUGUUUCUUGACAUCAGCUUUGCAAGGUGCCAAUAGCAGCAAAGCAGAAAUCUUUAAAAGUGAGUUCUGGUCAUCUUCUUCAGAGAUGAAGAUUGGGGAAGGGCACAGGAGAACAAUGUCUCAAGAUGUGCCCAACUUCUCUGACUCCCAGCGGACUUCCACCUAUGAUAAUGUCCCUACCCAGCCAGGGCCCCCUAGGGAUGAAGCAGGUGUAUCCCCUUCCCCUGCCUGUGACUCCAAAAGAGAUACUCCUGCCAGUCCACUCUCUGAAACUGGGCCUGGGAAAAAGGACUCUGGAGAAAAGGACCUUGAAUCUUUGCAGAGGGUGGUCCAGGAACUACAAAAGGAAAUAGAAACACAGAAGCAAAUGUAUGAGGAACAGAUUAAAAACCUUGAGAAGGAAAACUAUGAGGUCUGGGCUAAAGUGGUACGGCUCAAUGAUGAACUGGAGAAGGAGAAGAAGAAAUUUGCUGCCUUGGAAAUCAGCCUCCGAAAUGUAGAGCGCUCCCGGGAGGAUGUUGAGAGGAGGAACAAAGCCUUAGAAGAAGAAGUCAAGGAGUUUGUCAAAUCGAUGAAGGACACUAAGACAGAUGCAUGAGGGUCCCCCCAAAAACUGCAGGGACAACCCACAGAGACUCCGUUCUGCUCUCUUACUCCUUUGCUCUAUGCUACCCAAUGAUGGGGGAGCAGAAUUGCUCCCCAAGAAAGAGAAAAAAAUUGGGAGUAAAGCAUCACAUUUCCCAGUAAAGAAAGCAGUGGAGUUAGCCAGACUGGGGACAUGUAUGAGCAGUAUGUCCUUUCUGGCUAUAUUCAAAUGGAAAGUAUUAUUCCACAGUGGUCUCAGGAGAAGUGAAUGGACUCUAGGACUGGGUGCCUGUGUCCAUUAGAAAUACUGAAGGCCACAUCUCAGGAUCUGGGCAACAGGAUUGGCCCAAUGAAGGUGGAAGUAGGGUUAUUUUCUGUUUUGAGCAACUCAUAUAGUCAAAUGACCUCAAGAUGCCUGCACAUAGAGACCAAAACAAACAAACAAACAAACUAUAUUCAGCUCUUGAGUUCUCACUGUAUGCUGUGUCUUUAUCUGGGGGGGGGGGACUGCACAUUCCACCCCCUAAUUUUGCCAUCCUUAUCGUAAGGCACAUGCUCCAGGGGUUGGAAACUAGAACUGUACUUAUGAAAGUAAAGCAGAUGAUAAAAAUCAAUGUUUGAAUAAAUCAAAGCAAAAAAUGUCUCAAAAAGUAAGAU